ACGCAGCCCAAAAGUGUCCUCCAAGUUGUUAGUUGCCGAGUUGAAUUUGCAACUGUUGCAAUAAUUAAUUCUAGAGGAAUUCUCUAUGAGAAUCGUAUGCAUUACGAGUUCUACCAUAUAGGCCCAAUUCUGUGGUCUGUACGGCGUCUAACUCUAUUAUUGUGGCACGUUCCCGUUUUCGCUGUUUUUAGAACGUAGUGUGAUUUCAUUAGCUCAGGCUACUUUCAAUUUUGUUAUACAGAAAGCGAAAGGAUUGCUCAGAUCGAACGAUUCACUUGGCCGACGUAUUGCUGUACAGGAUGUCGGUGACGUUCUUUGGCUGGGACGUGGUGUACGAUGACAACUCCCUGGUGUUGGAACUGGGGGCGGAGCAGGAGCCUCAAAAGGGGGAUGCUUACACUAUGUACCAUGGCACCAAUGUCCAGACUGCUCGGCUCAUCAUCACCAAUGGCUUCCGCCAGUCCCCUGAUGGCAUGUUGGGCCCCGGUGUGUACGUGAGCCGCAACCAGCAAAAGGCAGCGCGCUACCCGCUAAAAGCCCCCCCCUCCGACCGCGUGGUGCUGCAGCUGCGUGUUAACACUGGCCGCGUGAAACGCAUCGACAAAGACAACCACCCUAUGCAGAAGAGCUGGAACGCAGCAGGGUACGACACCGCGUGGGUUCCCCCCAACUGUGGCAUGCAAUCCGUGCCCAGCGGCCUGGAGGAGGACUGUGUGUUUGACCCCCAGCGUGUUGUGGUCACUAGCAUCGCCAAGGCGCCCAACCCCACCAUCAUGGCUGAGCUAAUGCAGUUGGUUUCACAGAAGCGGGCUGCGACUGGAAGGGGUGGAGACAUACAGGUUGCGGUGGCUGGGGGUGUGUGUACCCUGUGCAGGAGGAAAACCACACCAGAUCACACACAUACGCUGCACCCGUGCUGGGGCUGCGGACAGAACAUCUGCACCCUCAUGACCAAACACACCUGCUCUGCCAGUGCCUGACGGGGGGAAUUUUUCAUAGGGCAGUGAUGUGUCAUGGUCUAAUAGUCUUCGGUGGUGUGUUAUUGCAUACACGUGUCUCAGGGACCUAAUAUUUUUUUCUCCUGUAAAAUAUAUGCUGUACAUAAUGUGGCCAGAAUGUAUCUCCUGAACAAACCUUUUAUCUCCACAUGUAGGCUUAUGUUGCAUGUGGCUGAUUAUGGUGUGCUAUUUUGGUGCACAUUGAUGUGCCAGAGUGGAUCAACAAAGACACAUAGCAUGUUCUUGUACAGUACCAGUCAAAAGUUUGGACACACCUACUCAUUCCAGGGUUUUUCUUUAUUUUUAUUAUUUUCUACAUUGCAGAAUAAUAGUGAAGAGUGUUAAAUCAAAAUCAAUUUUAUGAGAUUCUUCAAAGUAGCCACCCUUUGCCUUGAUGACAGCUUUGUACAGUCUUGGCAUUCUCUCUACCAGCUUGAUGAGCUUGAAAUGCAUUUCAGGUCACCUGAAAUGCAUUUCAAUUAACAGGUGUGCCUUGUUAAAAGUUAAUUUGUGGAAUUGCUUUCCUUCAUGCAUUUGAGCCAAUCAGUUGUGUACCACCUAUAAGUCUAUAUUAUGGCAAGAAUAGCUCAAAUAAGCAAAGAGAAACUACAGUCCAUCAUUACUUCAAGACUUGAUGGUCAGUCAAUCUGGAAAAUGUCAAGAACAUUCAAAGUUUUUUCAAGUGCAGUCGCAAAAUCGAUCAAGCGCUAUGAUGAAACUGGCUCUCAUGAGGACCGCCACAGGAAAGGAAGACCCAGAGAUACCUCUGCCACUGAGGAUAAGUUCAUUCGAGUUACCAGCCUCAGAAAUUGCAGCCCAAAUAAAUGCUUCACAGAGUUCAAGUAACAGACAUCUCAACAUCAACUGUGCAGAGACUGCGUGAAUCAGGCCUUCGUGGUUGAAUUGCUGAAAAGAAACCACUACUUAAGGACACCAAUAAUAAGAAGAGACUUGCUUGGGCCAAGAAACACGAGCAAUGGACAUGAGACAGGUGGAAAUCUGUCCUUUGGUCUGAUGAGUCCAAAUUUGAGAUUUUUAGUUCCAACCGACAUGUCUUUGUGAGAUGUAGAGAACGGAUGAUCUCUGCAUGUGUGGUUCCCACUGUGAAACAUGGAGGUGCUUUGCUGGUGACACUGUCAGUGAUUUAUUUAGAAUUCAAGGCACACUUAACCAGCGUGGCUACCACAGCAUUCUGCAGCGAUACACCAUCCAUCCCAUAUAGUUUGCGCUUAGUGGGACUAGAACUUGAUUUUCAACAGGACAAUGAACCCCAAACACACCUCCAGGCUGUGUAAGGGCUAUUUGACCAAGGAGAGUGAUGGCAUCAGAUGACCUGGCCUCCACAAUCACCCGACCUCAACCCAAUUGAGAUGGUUUGGAAUGAGUUGGACCACAGAGUGAAGGAAACGCAGCCAACAAGUGCUCAGAACUCCUUCAAGACUGUUUGAAAAGCAUUCCAGGUGAAGCUGGUUGAGAGAAUGCCAAGAGUGCACAAAGCUGUCAUCAAGGCAAAGGGUGGCUACUUUGAAGAAUGUAAAAUAUAUUUAGAUUUGUUUAACAAUUUUUUGGUUACUACAUGAUUCCAUAUGUUAUUUCAUAGUUCUGAUGUCUUCACUAUUAUUCAACAAUGUAGAAAAUAGUACAAAUAAAGAAAAACCUUUCAAUGAGUAGGUGUGUCCAAAAUUGACUGGUACUGUAUAUUGGUCUUUUAUUACUGCAGCAUCACUAUGUAUAUUUUCACUAUGUAAUAUUGUCUUCUUCUUGAACUGCACUGUUGGUUAAGAGCUUGUAAGUAAGCAUUUCACGGUAAAGUCUACAUUUGUUGUAUUCGGCGCAUGUGGCAAAUAAAGUUUGAUUUGAUCCAUUUCAUAUGAAAUA